AUGCGCACCCUCCUCACUCUGAGGCCACCACCACCGCCAUCUGUGCUCCUUCCAUGCCUCUCUUCCUUAUCCCCACCUCCUUCUUUCCUCUUCAGCUUCAGACCCAACAAGCGUUUUCACUUCCUCAGCCCAUGUUCUUCUCUCAAACAGUCCAAGAAGAAGUCUCUCCAGAAGACCACCAGGCCUCCCAAUGCUCCUCCUCCUCAGAGCCAGCGCUGGUUCUUCAAUAACCCAAAGGGUGACGAAGGUGGUGAAAUUGAAAAGACUGAUGAGGCUGACAGUGCCUUCGGCGGUGACACUGCGCUUAAAGGUACUGUUUUGGCCGGUGUUUUCUUGGUUGGUAUUGUUGGUGGGUUUGCCGGUGUUGGGUAUUUGUACAAGGACCAGAUCAACGCCUUCUUGAAUCAGUUUUCCACUUUCAUUGAAGGUUAUGGUCCAGCUGGAUAUGCUUUGUUUGUAGCAGUUUAUGCAGGACUGGAAAUCCUUGCGAUUCCAGCUGUUCCAUUGACCAUGUCAGCCGGUCUUCUUUUUGGCACAGUUGUUGGCUCUAUUCUAGUCUCCAUAAGCGGAACAGUGGCUGCUAGUGUUGCUUUUCUCAUUGCUAGAUAUUUUGCUCGUGAGCGCAUUCUUAAAAUGGUUGAGGGAAACAAAAAAUUUCUUGCAAUUGAUAAGGCUAUUGGAGAAAAUGGAUUUAGAGUGGUCACUCUCCUUCGCUUGAGCCCUUUGCUUCCUUUUUCUUUGGGGAACUAUUUAUAUGGAUUGACAUCUGUAAAGUUUGUUCCAUACGUGUUGGGAAGUUGGUUGGGGAUGCUUCCUGGAACAUGGGCUUACGUGAGCGCUGGUGCAUUUGGGCGAGCCAUAAUUCAAGAAGAAUCUGAUCUUGGUUUGCCUGGAGGAAAUGGUCAGCUACUGACACUAGGGUUUGGACUGUUAGCCACAGCGUUGGCUGCUGCUUAUGUUACACGAUUAGCAAAGGAUGCUGUAAAAGAUAUCGAUUAG